CCCCGCUAGAGCGAUCAUUCGGACGCCAUUUUCAGGGGAGGGGAAAAAUCACAUUCUGGAAAAGAAGUCCGUCAAAGAGACUUGUUAAGCAGUGUUUCACCCUAUAUACAUUCGCAAAGCGACCAGUGUUAAAUAAGUUUUGCGUUCAUGAAGGUCAGAAUCCGUUCCAGCGUGUACGCCAAGGCAGAUUGCCUGAACUUAUGGUUGAACAAUAACUUCAAAAUUUGAGCAAGAGGGGCCCCACUUCAGCUCAGGCACCUGUGCCACUGCUAUGGCACCAGUAGUGAACGCUCCCAAUUCUGAUAAUUAAAUAGAAUUGGUCGUUUGAAACCCCGUCCUACCACUAUCUGCAUAAAAGUGCUGUGAAGUUUCUGGCAAGAUGUCAAAGUGAUUCCAGUUGGUUGCCGGAAACCCCCAUUAAUCAGCUGGAAUCUUGAUGGAGACGGUAAGAUCUCUCCCACUGCCAUCUCACAGCCCUGCAGCUAGCAGUCCAAGAGUCAACACAAUGCCAUCCAGUUAUGGACAGACUCCAACCAGGCUGCCCUCUCAAUCUACUUCGGGACCAUUACCGAUUGCUCACAUUGGAAGUUCUGAUUCCUUUUCUUCUUGUAGACCUCCUGUUCGACCUAUGCUGGAUGGAUCACCAUACAAAAUGAGGUCCAUGCCUGUGACAGCUGGAGUCAACAGUGGCUUGAGUCUGGUGCCAUCAGCUCAUUUAUUGCAAACGAGUCACGUAGGUCCGGCUACCGAACCUGUUACGCCUCCUCCACCUCAGGUCUCCCACUCGAACUUGUCGCAGGUGGCCCGUGCACAUCCGUACGCUGCCGCUCUCCCUGCGGCCCCAUUGCCUCCAAACAGCAGCGCCAUGGAACGUUAUUCUUCUGGCCAGUCAUCGAUGCCUUCAUCAUCGGGGAUUUAUUCCAGUUCGCCCACUUAUAGUAGGGCCGAGCCCGCUGUUUUCCCUUUGCGAUCGCCACCCGAUCGUUCUGGGGAAUUCCGUAGACGUCUAACCCUUUUGCCAUACUCCGGACUGUCACCCAUGGACUAUGGCGGAGGUCCACCUGGGCUGAGUGGCCCUGGACCAGGAGGUGGAGGCAACAGCGGCGUUGGUGUUGUUAGUGGUGCUGCUUUAGGGGGUAGUAGCGGAGGAAACAGUGGAAGACAUCAUACCCUGACUGGACACCCUUCUCAGAUGGCAUAUUCAACAGCUCCUAUGGAAUCCUAUCGUGAACCGUUGAUGUUGCCCAUUGCCCCAGCCGUGGCUAGCGCGAACGAAUCUGCGCACAAAAAGUUGCGCAUCAAUGAUGGCGAGCCACUGUUAAUGAAAGCCACUUUGUCCCAGCCGUUGCGAAUCGACACGCGGCCCGUUUCGGCUUUGGCGCCUUUGAAUACAGGCCCUCAGGUUGUACCCGUGCAUCGCGAGUCACAACCAGCCUACAUCCCACAGGUAGAAGCCAUCAGCCCAACUCUUCCUGGUGAUGGCGAGGACCCGCUCAAAAGGGACGAUUCACCUUUACGUUCCACCAAAGAUGAACUUUUAAAGCAAAUCACAAAGGUGGAUGGUGAAAUAGCGAAGGUGGAAAAUAACAUUACCAAAUUGAAAAAGAAGCAACAAGAUCUAGAAGAGGCCGCCAAGAAGCCUCCGCCGGAGCAUGGUGAAUUAAGAACACAAGGAACAGGACCCAAGAACCAAAGCGUCGCUCAGCUUAUCUACGCUGAGAACCGUCGGAAAGCGGGCGAGGCGCACAAGAUGCUUGCGUCGUUGGGUCCAGCAAUAGACCUUCCUCUCUACCACCAGCCGUCCGACACAGCCGUGUACUUACGCAAUCGGACGCAGUUUCAGGCUUUUCGGCCGAGGUUGUUGAAGUUUUUACGGCGUCGCCAAAAAGAGAAAGAGGGUCGCCACCGCUAUCUGAUGAAGACUUACAACAAAUGGAUGAACGAGUGGGGCAAGCGAGUUAGCGACCUUGAGAAGGCCAACAACGUCCCUUCCGUUGUAGCCACCGGGGCAACUGUUGCUGCAACGACGACUGUUGCAAUUACCUCGGCUGGCAGCAGCACAUCAACUGCUGCUCCUACUGCAUCCGGCGUUACGCAGCCAAACUCGGUCUUUGGACGGAAGAAGGAGCGAGAGUUUUAUGAGAAGGUAUUCCCAGAGUUGCGUAAACAAAGGGAAGAUCGGGAAAGGUUCAGCCGAGUGGGAUCGCGAAUUAAAUCGGACGCAGAUCUGGAGGAGAUAAUGGAUGGCCUUCAAGAACAAGAGAACGAAGAUAAAAAGAUGCGGUCAUUAGCUGUGGUACCACCGGUAUUACUAGACUCUCGGGAACGACGGUUGUGCUUUGAUAAUCGUAAUGGCUUGGUUGAGGAUCCCAUGGCUGAAUACCGCGAACGUCCGUUACUGAACGUUUGGACUGAACAGGAAAAAGAGAUUUUCAAGGAAAAGUACCUGCUGCAUCCAAAGAAUUUUGGAUCAACUGCCUCGUACCUUGAGCGCAAAUCAGUGGCAGAUUGCGUCCAAUUCUAUUAUCUCUCUAAGAAGACAAUCAACUACAAGCAGCUGCUUCGUAAAACGAAGAUGAAGAGAAAUACGAGAGCGAUGCAAAAACCAAAUGCUGCUGCCGCCGCCGCUGCAGCGGCGGCUGCGGCUGCUGCGGCCGCUGCUGCUGCUGCCGCUCAGAAUCAAAGUCAAUCGAUAAACGAUGCGCCCGGUACUGGAGUAACGACACGCCUUCAACGAGAGCAGCUGAUGCGCCAGGAAGCCAUCACUACGACCUCUAGUUUCAGCCAAUCGACUGCCACAACCACCUCCGCUACGUCGGCGUUGAAUAGCAGCAGUACGACGACAACGACCACCUCUUCAUCUUCCGUAACUGAAACGACAAUUGUUUCUGCUGCUCCCUCGAUAGCAAAUUCCAGUACCCCCGCACAGCCUGAACCUGCUCCGACUGCCACAUCCGAAUCGGCUUCUUACAACAACAAAAGCCCCAAAGGAGAAAACAGCUGUGACAGUACUGAGGACGAUGACGAUGAAGAAGAUGAGGAAAACUUAACUUCUGCCAGCGCUUUCGGCACCGGCGGCCCUCAUCCCUGUGUUGUGUGCAAAGCUGUUUUGGAGCACCACGGCCAGAGUAGACCCUUGCCUAAACAUCAAGCUUCCCAAUAUGGAUUAGCGGAAGUUGAUGUCAAUGCCGAGGCACGAGUUUGUAGCGCUUGUCGUUGUCGUGUUGUGAGAAGACGCAUCGUUCAAUGUCCUCUACCCACAUGCCCGACUGCGAAAAGGCGAGUGAAGCGUUUGCGUCCAUUACCAAACAAAUGGAACGAAAUCCCGGCCGAUAUCCGAACUGCGUUGGAGAAUGAAUUUCAGAUCGGACAAGACAUGCCCAAAUGCUGUUCGACUUGUUGCAAUCGCAUCAGCCGCAAAUUAGCUGCGCUUACUGGGCAAGCGCCCACCGGUCAAACCGAAGGCUCGAGUGUUGCAUCUGAAUCUGUUCAAGACGAAACGAAUGCGCCGAGAACAGAGGAAAGCAGCGUAACAUCGGGUCCGCCAGCGGGGAAUUCUGUCGUUGUCGAUGUCAAGCCCGAAAUAGCUCCAAAUAGAGAAGAAGGUCCAGUGGUGGAGGAGAAAACGGUUCGCCAGGAACCGCAGAUUUUGCCUCCUCAUCCGCUGACGAUGGUGGAGCCGCGUCCUGUGGCCAGAAUCAUUCAACCUGUUGGUGCAGACAACUCAGAAACGGACAGUGCCGAUGAAAUGGGGGCCAGUCAGAAUGCGGCAGCCGAAGCUCAAGCCAACAGCAACAACAUCAACCCGCAUGCCAAUGUCAGUCGCAGUAACGGCAAUAUUGGACAGGAGGCCUUGACCGUGCGAGAUUUAGUGUCUAAUGUCAUUGAGAGUCACUUGAAACGAUCUGAUCUUCAGCACAUGUCUGCUCCAGUCGGCGUUGGCUCCCCCGUUUACCCGCCGGGACCGUCGGAUUCGCCGACCAUCACGUCCAUUCUGAAAGAUUCUCAGCGUAAUUACGCAGUUGGUCGAAGUAGUGCGCCGUUGACGAUCGUCACCAAUACGGCACCCACCCAGUCGCCACGUUUGAUGAUGUCGCAACCUCACGAUAUGAAGCAGCAAACCAUACUCGUUAUCGAUCAGCCUCAAACUUCUCAUUCAGCCCGAAGGUCAUCUCCGUACCCACCUCCUGCCGUUAUGGGACAGAUGUCACAUCCGGGAAAAGCCCCUCUUGGUCCCAAUGACGAGUACAGUGCCAGUCUCCCACGCGAAGGUUUGGCAUUCCACCAAGUUCAGCAGACGAUGCGUGACUUUGAGCGUGAGCGAGCGCGGAUGAACCGUGACGUUGAGGGUCAAACUCUUGACUUGUCGAUGCCCAAAAAGCGUGAUAAUAAGGAUUCACUAAUGCCGCCGAAUCCAUCGGCGCAAGGGCCGUCUUACGGUCUUAGUGUGUCGCCUUAUGCUCCCCCUCCACCAGCUCACUCGAAGACGAGCAAAGAACAACAACAGCAGCAGCAACAACAACAACAACAACAACAACAACAGCAGCAGCAACAGCAACAGCAACAGCAGCAACAGCAUUAUCGGGGCCCUCCUGGUUCGGCAGGUAUCGACCCAAUGGCUGGAUAUUCGGCUGGCAUGAGAGCUCCAGCUCCUUACCCACCCAGAUCGACUCCACCCGCUCCCAAUUCUUCACGACCACCAGCUGGCUCAAUUAUGCAGGGCACUCCGCUCUCUAUCUCGUCGCCGUCUACAAAUUCCUUACCAGUGCAGCUGCAAAUACCGAGAACGGAUGGGUUGAUACGCCCUACCGUCCAAGGUCGUGAAUCAUUGACGGGUUCCAUUACACAGGGUACGCCCAUUACUGUGAAAGAUCUGGAGACGAGAUCGGGUUUGCCACAAAGUGGGUCCCAUUCUUCUCAUCCUGCUUAUGAAGCCUAUUACCGAGGUAUGCCAACGCCUCAACAACAGCAGCAACAACAACAACAACAACAACAACAGCAGCAGCAGCAGCAGCAGCAACAACAGCAACAAGCCGGUCCACCCCGACUUCCGUAUCAACCCGACCCACAGUCAUAUUCCAGACAGAUGAUCCUCAGCAAUGAUUAUCUGUUAUCGCAACAAAUGGCAGAUCGAAAUCGCGGUGGAAGGGAUCGAGAACUACUCGGAGGAUCUUUACAACCUCAAAUGCCCGUCACCUCGAGACCAAACGAUCGACAACCUCCACCUCCCCCUUCUCACCCAGCGUAUCAACACAGACCUCCUUCGCCCAUGUAUGUGCAAAAACUUCCUUCCUACGUCAUGGAUCAACACCAUGGCUAUCCUUCGCAUUCGAGUGGUGGUGGACUCCCUCCUCCACUCCAACAACACCAGCCCCCACCGCAGCACCAACAGCCGCCUCAACCCCAACAGCAGAGGCAAGGAGUCAUCCAGCGAAAUUCGUCCGUGCCUUCAGCGCGCCAACCUGAUCCACGACCGUCCCCGCCCGCUCCCAACCCGUUACAGCAACAAAAUAAUCAAGGGCGGACGUCUUCGCCGGGUGGACUCCUUAAUCUGGGACCUGGAGGAGGAGGUCUCCAUUCCAGCAGCCGACCCAAUUCGAUUGUCGGUGGUGCUCCUCCCGUUUCCAUUUCUCCAAGGGGCGACUCGAUUUACGUGCACGACGCAUUCGCUUCGCUGGUCAACGCUGCCGCCGCUCAGCCGAGUCUUCCUGUUCCGGAUCGUGAUCGAAGGGAUCGUGAAAGAGAAAAGGAAAGAGAUCCAAGAGGUCAUCUGCAGUCUUUGCCCGUUUCCAGGUCAAUGCAUCCGGAUAGAAGAGAAGAAGCAAUGGAGCGAACCAUGGCGUACCAACGAGAGUCGCCUAAAAUUGCCAGCGGCCCUCCAGGACAAUCCAGUGCUGGCGGUGCGCCCGGUGGUGGUGACUCUACGCUAACGGCCGCCUCUCUCAUCGACGCCAUAAUCACCCAUCAAAUCAAUCAGUCUUCGAAUCCUAACGAUAUGGUUGUCACCAAUUCCAAAACCAGCAACGACAGCUUCUACAAUCGGUUUAGGAGGAAUGCUAGUCCUGUCGAUACACGUGGAACGAGUUUAGAUCAUCCCCGUGCUGGACACAAGGAACAACAGCGCCAUGAAGACGCACCUCCGCCAUCAUCCGGCAUUCCGCCGCAACAACGGCCUCCUUCGUCGUCUCCUUCAUUGCCCCCGCCACCUCAAGGAUCCUCAAGCAAAGCUGCUUUUACAUUAGGAGAACAUAUUGAAUCCAUCAUUGCCAAGGAUUUCCAUCAAGGAUCUGGAGGAGGAGGAGGAGGAGGAAUGCCCAUGCCCGGCGAGCAAGAUUGGGGACCAGAAUGGCAACGGCGUCAGGCUGAGUUUUCGAAAUCCCGUAUGGCAGCUCCCGAGUCCUUGAUGAACGAUUACGUCAAGAGCCGUGCAGCCCUUGAUUAUGCUGCCAAAUGUCGAGCUGGCGAAGGGCAACAGAUGCAAGAUUAUGGUCUACUUCGAAGUAGUGGUGGCGGUGGAGGAGGGGGAGAACCUGAUCCUCGUCAACCCGCCAUCUCCCCCCUUGACUACGUCAAGAAAAAGAUCGUCGAAGUGAUGCGGACUUCUUCAGAUGGUGGUAUUCCAGCCGGAGGAGGAGGAGGUGGAAGUUCCAAUCAUGAAAUGGCGCCACCAAGUUCACCUGCUGGCCGACGUGGAAUCAGUCCAGCUCCAUCGCCCAACAAAAGACCACGCAUGAACGAGGAUGAAAGAGGUGGACCCUCUCCAGUUGUACCGCAUUAUAUUUCAACACCUUAUCCAUCCAUGGGUUAUCCAUAUUCUAUCCAGCCUAACGUCCCCAUGAGCAGCAGCGCUCCAACUGCCGUCACCUCCGCAUCGACCAGUUCGACUGGCAACCAAACAACAGGCCAGCCAGUUGUUUUGCUAUCCUCUCAAUAUGAACCUCUCUCAGAUGAAGAUUGAUGAAAACGUAACAAAAAAAAAAUAUAUUUAAAAAAAUUUGAAAAAAAAAACUUAAAAAAAAAACUAAAUAACAAAAACAAAAAAUUCUAAUAAUAAGCACGCUCUUCUUCUUUCCACUGAGCUUUGUAAUUGGCUCUUUUGACGGCCAAUACAAGGAACUGGAUGCUGAACAACGGAUCGCUUUGUUUCAGGUACUCAAAUGAGUUGUUCCAAUCCAGCAACUGAAUUCUAAAACAAAGCUACACCCCUCCCCCAUCAUCAUCCAACAUCGUCUCUACUCCUUUGCCUGUUAACUUUAUGUGGUUCGUUCAUCAUCAUGUUGUCUUUGAAUUGGCUGAUUCUUUCUCGAAUCAUCCGCAACCUUUCCGAUAAGGUGUUGACUCGUUUUUUUUUGUUUCUACUUGCCCAUAUUUUUUUUUUUGGUAUGUAUGUGUGUUUUUGAAUGACUUUUGAAAGUCUGUAUGUGUGUGCAUGCGUGUACCGCAAAGCGUUUUGUCAUUGAUAACUGGAAGAAAAAGGAAUCUUGGAUGUACAUUAUGUGUGUAUAUUCUGUUGGAUUUGGGACACAGGAGUGAAUCGGUUCCAAUACAUGACCGACAUUUUUUACGUGA